GACGCAGCGUUAUAUUAUACGACACAGAGAACUGUACCCGACUGAAGUGUUCCGCCAAAAUGGCUACUAUCUUAGCUGUUUGUGAAACGGCUUCAGCGAUUAUUAGCACAAGUUUUAAAGUUAUCAUUCUGGCAAAUGAGCUUCAUAUACAGCCAGUGAGACGUGCAGAGCUAGCACAGACAGUGGAAGCUAUCGAGCCUAUAAUACUUUGUGUUAAAGAGAUAGAAAACGACAAUCGCGUGAGCACAAUCAACAAACCUCUCCUCCACUUAAUGAAAGCCCUCAAAAGUGGGGAAAAAUUCCUUAUGAAGGUUGGUCAAGACACAAGCUGGCGGUCACGUGUCAAACACUGGUGGCGAUACAGGAAACACUUCACCGAGAUCAACGAUGAAAUUUUUAAACGCCUUGAGAUUCUAAAAGCAGCAUUGUCAUCGGAGAUGCUAAGGUUGCAGUUAUCAGAAAGCAAAGAAAAACUUUUUCAACCUAGUGAGCAGAUUCGUGAGUGUCAGUUAAAGACCGAACUCGAACAGGACCCAGACAUUGGACAGCUCGUCCACCAGAUGGAUACCUGUGAAAAACUGUUGGACAAACACAAAAAAGGCGAAAUUGCCCUACGACCACAACAAAUCGUCAAGCUGGAAGCUGUGGAACAUGCAGGCAAUCGGUUUCAACAAAAAAUCAAGGAAACUUUAGCAAAGUCGCCGCAACCUUCACGGAAAAUUUCACUAAGGGAAAAGUACAGUGGUGCGAAGCGCUUGUUGCCCGCGGCAACCAAGGGCGGCAGCCACGGAGGUCCUCCCGCAUCCUCUGAUCUGCUUCCAUCACGGCAACAAGUAUCGAGCAAUGACGAUGGGCCGUGCCCACCUCCGCCACCGAUCGUGGAGCACCCAGGUUUCUCCUGCGAUGACGUAAGUGAUUUCAUCGAUGACGACGAUGACGACGACGACGACGACGACUACGAGAUUGUGUAUGCGGACGUCGCGUCGACAGGAGGCGGUGGUGUCGUGCUGAGCGAGAGCGACUUCGCAGACGUCGCAGAUGCUCUCCAGGGGCUCACAGAUGAGCUGGCACAGGGGGCGCCACAACUCGACACUGAGCUCGCGCUACUUCUUGCUGAUCUGGGCGUUUGACGAAAUUCGCCAGGGGUAGGGUUCCCUUUUUUUGAUAGUACCAUACGAUUUUCUGCAGUUGCGAGCAGGCGUGUCUAUACUUCGGUUAGUUUAAAGAGACACAAUCUGACGUUUAUGUGCUGUCAGCCUAACUAAAUAAACAACCAUUAUGACUGCCGUUCAAUCGGGACAUGGAAAACCUGAAACGACAUGACUUAAAUAAUUGAAACCGAAAUGCUAGUAGCAUGUUAUACCAUGUGUUUGCAUUGUCUGAAAAUGCAACGUCAGUCUAUUUCUGAUUUCAGUCAGACCAAGCUGGCACACUGGUGUCAAAUUAUGUAGUUUUCAAUCACUUUGUCUAAUAUAAUAGCGUAUAACUCCUAAAAAUAGUGACCAAUAGCACCCAGUUACUUGGAGCAAACUGGAAUUUUAUUGAUUCAUUUGUGCUAUUACAUAGGUUAUGCUAGCUGUUGCGAUGUUUAGAAACUGGGCCAACUGUAAGGUUUUGCAUAGCAGGAGUUUGACACGGUUUUUUGAUAAUUGGCUAUUUCUUGGUGCAAAUGUACUCUUUACAGCACCUUUUAGACUGGGAGUGACACAGCACCUAAAUGCCAGUUCGUGCCCCUUUAUGGUGCUAUUUGAAACUGGGAAUGUGCGUAUGCUGUCUUUCCGAUCAGGCGCUGAGGAACGAUUUUUGAAGUGGGGGUGCUCAAUUUGUUGUUCGCCCAUGUGUAAUGCGAAUAGAUACUUGAAUGUUUCCAUCUGCGCUUGAACGCCGAUUAUUCUCGCCUUUGUUUCUGUGUCUAAACGUUCACUUGAACACACGUCCCACUCAAGAAGAAGGGCUUCAUAGUUUAGGAUUAUACGACCUCCUUGGACUGUCCACUGUGUUGGACAUAGCACCUUAAUACCUGCUGUAUCCAAAUCUAUGUCAUAUUUGAUUUUUCCAAAGAUGGCUUCGCGUUUAGGGGAAUUUGCAUAAAUACUGAAUGCUGAAAUACAUAAAUACUGAAAUGCAACUUGCGGAAGAUCCAGUAGAAUGUUUAUUAUGGCUUAACGUAUAUGGCCAUCACCACCAUCUUUACUUAGUUACUUCAAGCCCGAACUUCAAGCCCGAAUUUUAGAUUAAAUUUUUUCUUUUACUUCAAAACAACACCAGACAGAGAGUGAAAAUAUUCACUUGGUUAAUGGAGAGUAAACUUCUUUUCUUUCUUUUUUAUUCAAUGAUUUUGUUGACUAUACUGUCCACUCUACACAGUUAACAGAACAAUCUGGUCGCUAUCCCAAAAAUCCCCGAUAUUGGGUCCCUUCUUCUCUCGCCUCUCUUUUCUCUCUCCUCUCUCUUUUCUCUCUCCUCGCUCUCUCUCGCAUUUAAUUUUAUGUGGCGUGAAACAAGUGGGGGUGCUCGAGCCCCCUUAGCCCCCCCCCCCGUUCCGUGGGCCUGCAGGUUAUUUUCAUCUCUAUACCCUACAAUACUUUAGAAUACUUCCUGGUGAUUUAUGUUGAUUCUUUGUUUAGUAAAAUAUGUCGGUGAAUGAUGUCAGUGCAGCGUGGAUUCUUGUAAUCAUGAAGAGUGGAUUAAUGAUCUUUCUAUGUUUGCACGGUAAGUAAUGAGAAAGUAUUAUUCCGAACGUUUACCGGCACCUAGAUGUCUUUUUGGUUAGUAACAUGUUAUCUCUUUCCCUUUCUAAGAGAUGUAGAAGGAUCUCAAUAAUGUGAUGAACACUUCUCCUAGCGGUCCAUUAUCUGUUUUGGCUGCGUGCGUACAGCAGUGUGUGACAGAACCAUCGUAAAACGACAAUUUACUUGUUCGGUUUAACGUUUUUCUACUUGGCUGCCCAGCGAGCUUAACUAAGUGAACUUUGUUACGUCGGAUGGUGAUUGCUAAUAUAUAUAUAUAUAUAUAUAUGUGGCAUUAUCUUUGCUUAUUUUUUAUUGGUUUAUAUAGGGAUUGAAUCUUUGGUUCUUCCAACAUUUCUAAGAGGAAUCGGCGUGCAUGAGAUAAAAGCACUGCCUUUUAGUAAGCUUCAACCUAGCUAUAUGUAUUUGCAAAAUUUUCUUUGUUUUGCUUGCUGUAAUAGUACCGAUGCAGCAUGCAAACGAGCAGUAAACAAUGUGAAGGAUUAUAUUUACUCCUAUUGCAAACCAAUAUGCGUAUUAUCGAGAGUAUAUCAAUCCUAUGGUUUAUGUGCUCUCGACAUUAUAUCGAGAGCUAAUAUUAGGUAUUAUUAGCUCUUGAUUAUAUACUACUACCAGAGCACGUAUAUCAAUGUACUACCAAUGUAUGGCGCCUGGCUAGCGCCACAUAUGCUUUCAUUAUUAUUUACGCAGCUCUACCCUACACCACCAGCACAGGUUCUUUACGCAAAAAUGUUGUAAACUAAGUUGACUGUGUCAUGGUUAUAUGGGGCGUGAAUAUGUAAAAACAUAGUUGAAAAGUAAUAACUGGCAACGUUAUAUUUUUCUUAAAAGUUCUUAUGCCCGGUACACGUGUGUAAAGUAGUUUAAAAUACACGAAGAACCCCAGUUCAUUGUCACAGAGUAUGUUUAUACCACAGGGAACGAUAAAAAUAAUAUAUAAUACAGCAGUUAACCAUAGGAAGUGGUUAAAACCAUAUAGCAAAAUUUUCAUAUUAUAUAUAUUUAAAAAAAUAUUACUAUUUAUAGUGAUAUAAUAAUUUCAGUCGACUUGCUAUGACAGGUAGCGUAUUAUGUCUAAUCGUGCUAAAAAUGCGUUGACUGAAACUGAACGUAAUCUCUGUAAUUAGGAAGCAAAAUAGUUCGCAAAAUGGCGCGUUCUGUUUCCUUCCUCCUGGUCUUCCAGUAGUGUAAUUUUCCAAGGAAUGUAAAACUACAAUGGUAAUUUUUCUUCCAAAGAUCGACGACAACAGGUGCGGAUCCAGGGCUGAAGCUAGACAGUAUUUUUCCAGAUUUUAAGGGCACACCACCCCAUAGUGGGCGCCGUUAGGCGCGGAAGCACAUGGCGGGUGGUCUGGGGGGCCUCCCCCAGGAAAUUUUUCUGUUUAAUUUUGCCUGCACUUUGCAUACCAGCAAUUAAUGCAUAAUGAUUCAAGCACUUCCCUUCUUUUUCAGAUAUUAAAGCUAGUUUUGUUACCAUUUAAAAUUUUGAUUUCGUUUUAUAAUUUUCCGUUCGUUCCCACGCUCAAUGAACUUGAGCAUAUAAUGCCUAGUGAUUGAAGUAUGUAAAGACUGGAUGAAAUUUAUUCCUGCAUGAAAACUAUUGUGAUACACGUAUGAUUAAUAAUAAAAUACGUUAUAAAUAA